CGUUUUGCGCACGGCAGUCGGACGACAAUGUUUCGCCCCGUCGGUAGUGUCCUCCCGUCGAUCGCCGCGAUCGCAACCGAAGAGAAUACGAAUACGACUGCGACUUCGGUGGUGGCGCAGCGGUGGCAGUCGAUGUCAAGCGGUGUUGUUCGCGUCGUGUCGGCCGAUACGGUUUUCGAAUAGUGUGACAUAACCGCCGAGCGUGGGACCCUCACCCAUCUACCCUAAGACGAUUAAAAAAAUAAUAAUAAAUAAAUAAUAAUAAUAAUAAUAACAACAAUAACAACCGUCAUUUCUAUAGUUAUUAUUAUUAUCGUUCUCGUCAUUUUUUUUUUUCAUUUUUUUUUUUUUUUUUUUUACUAAAAUAUCGUCGUAAUAAAAACUGUAAACACAACUGCCGCGCGUCUGUUGCGACGAAUUUCGUCGGCGUGUCCGAUGGCGGCCUUGUUCCUGUCACCGUCGUCACCUUACACGAUAUUCGUUUACCUGUUACUCAUUCAUAUCGUACGAAGUUUGCACAACGUUAGCAUACAAUUCAUACCUCCAGCAGUAGAAAGAGGACGCGAUGUCAUGAUAUAUUGCAAUUACAAUUUAGACGGAGCUCCAAUGUUGUCGGUCAAAUGGUACAGAGGUAGUCACGAAUUCUACAGGUAUUCCCCCGGGAUGAUACCCAGAACGCAGACAUUUCCAUUUUACGGGCUUAAUGUCGACUUGUCUGUAUCAAAUGCCACACAAGUAUUUCUGCGUGAUGUUGGUUUCAAUUUGUCUGGAAACUUGAGCUGUGAAGUAACAACUGACGGGCCUUCAUUCAAAACUGCGAUCGUCUCAAAACGAAUCAUGGUUGUGGAACUACCAAAAUCAAAACCAGUAAUUGUAACAGAUAAAGAUAAAUAUGAUCCAGGUGAUACUUUAAUAGCAAAUUGUACGUCACCGGCUUCUAAACCUGCGGCCAGUUUAACGUUCUUUUUAAACCAUAUGCCAAUUGGUAAUCCAGAAACUAUGAAGUACACGACUUCAAAUUCGUUGCAAUUGAGCAGGUUAACGGUAACUCUCAAAUUAGAUCAGAGCCAUUUCAAAGACGGGCGUAAGCUUUUACUACAGUGCACUGCUCUAAUAAAUACAUUGUACAAGCAAACUUCGGAACUUAGGUUACCGAUAAAAUCAACAGAGCCAGUGCCUGAAAAAGUUACAUCCCCGAGUUUUGGAUGUCAAAUUACGUCUUCUAUCAACUGUUCAACGAUGAUCGCUGCUUCAAUCUUAUUAUGGAACGUGUUCAGAUAGUCGAAAUGUGGAGAUAUAUAUAUUUAUAUAUAUAUAUAUAUAAAUAUUUUAAGAAUCUUGUAAUUCACACUCACUUUUACAUGUAAAUAAAAAUUUAAAUUGUAAAAAAUAAAAUAAAAAUUUACACAUUGA